UAAAUCCAAAUUUCUUGCGAACACCCCCGAAAUCACAGCAGUGGCGGUCACUUUGAAUGAGCGGACAAGGAAUCGGCUUCGGCUUCUUCGUGGAAUUGGAAUCGCUGGCCGGCACUACUUUUCCAAACUGAAAUCAUUCAAUAUGGAUUCUUCUUCUUCAUCUGUGGCGAAGCGCUACUGCUACAACCCAAACCUUCGCUGGAAUCCGCAGGUGGAGGAGUACUUUAUCAAGGCAUACGGAGCUGACCACUUCACUCGAAUUUCAGAAGCCCUAACGCGUCCAUCCUGUUACUCUUGCAUUCGAGUUAACAUUCUCAAGUCUACAAAUGAAGCUGUUAUUGAGAAGCUAACAAGACUUCUUCAAGGUGGAACUGUAGAUGAUUUGCAUUGUUUGAGCAUAGGGAAGCAAGUUUCUGCGAGCACUGCCGGAGAUGUUGGUUUGAGGGAAGAAAGUAUAGAUUGUAUGUUUAACCUUUUGCUGGAGGAAACACCUAAGAACGGGAGAAAACCUAUGAAAUUGUUUAAAGACCCUUCAAUUUGUCAGUGUCGGUACGCUGGACUCGAUCAUGUCUUGUUUGUCAAAGGUUCGGGUCCACAUAGCAUUCAUUAUGGAAAUCAACCAGAUCAAUCAGUGAAGGAAGUCAUUGUUAGUCGAAAAUGUGCUGAGGCUGUUCUUCGAGGAGCCCAGAUAUUUGUGCCAGGGUUAUUGGCUUGUAGUUCACAUGUCGAAAAGGGAGAUAUUGUUGCAGUUUCAGUGGCUGUAGAGCAGCCAAGUGCUGAUGGUGGAUGGGGUGUUGGUCUGACACGUGGAACUGUUCUACAAGGAUCAGAGGCAGAUCCUCAAUACCUUGAAAGGAAUGGUAUGUACAUUGGACAAGGAAUCACAAAGUUUUCAAGGGCAGGGAUGUUUCGUGCUUCAGAAGGAAUUGCUGUGGAAAUGACAGACAGAGUUUACAGGCUUCCUUCAUUCCACAAUUUGCUUGAGGGAGAGAUAUUUCUUCAAAAUUUACCCAGUAUUGUUGCUGCUCACGUUCUUGGUAUGAUUAUUGAUUUCGAGCACCUUUACUUACUGUUACUUGCCCUUUCAUUGGCAUUUUUUUUCAUUUGAAUCUUCUUAAUUAAU